GUGGAGUUUCAGUAUGGGAAUGACCCACGUUGCCAGGCAAGGAAGGAUUUUUAUUACGCUCUUCUGCCUUAUACUGUGUCCAGUUGAACAAUAGCUCGCAGAAAUUAUGCUUUGCACACCAUGGAUCUGACGCCUACUUCCCAGAACGUGAUUCUCACAGCAUACCAUUUAAAUGGAUACUCUAUAGACGGGGCUUCCAGCAGCAGCAAGGAGACAGAGCACCCUUCACCUGGCCGGAGGCAUGGGCACUACAGUAUGAACCAAGUGGGCUCCAAAAGCACCAUAGAGAAGCCUCGAUAUGAACGAUCCAAUUCUCAGGAUUCUCUGGAUGAGUUGUCCAUGGACUAUUACUGGAAUGAAGUGGACCAAAUUCACGAGAGCCAGGGCAAUGGGCAAGUGGAGCAAGGAGAGAUGGUCAUUAAAGAUCCUGAUGAAGAGGAAACUGAAGCGGAGUGGCUGAAGGAGGCAGGCCUUUCGGGCCUAGUCAAUGGAGAUACCCAGGAGAGCAUAGCAUUACUCGCCACGCUGACUCGCACCCAGGCACAAGCUGUUCAGAGAAGAGUGGAAACAUUUACGAUGAUAAUGAGAAAAAAGAAUAAACAGCAUUUUCCUGACGUCAGGGACAUUUUUAGCACACUGCCCAUGACACCAAAACAGGCCUCACAUACAGAUGAAGUUCAAGCUGCUGCUGCCAACGGAAAUGAGAAAGGAAAUAGCGCAAAGAAACUGGAAAGACAGCUGGGGAACCUAGAUGUGAAGAAUGAAGGCAUUCAACAUGCAGCGGUGUUUGAACCUGACAUCAACCUAGAAAUAUCCUAUUCUGAGCAGGCCGCGGAGAUGAGGGAAAAGUCAAAGCACGGGAAGCCGAAAGGAGAGGAUGAUGCAUCCUUGCCAAAUUAUCGAUUGCCAAAGGAGAAGACAGGCAUCACAAAAGUGGGUGAUCUUGCACCUCAGGACUUAAAGAAAGUUUGUUCACUGGCUUUGAUUGAGCUGUCUGCUCUGUACGACACACUUGGUGUGAGUCUAAAGCACCCGAAAGCCAUGAAAGUCAAAUGUAAAGAAGUGGGAUUGUUUGGAGUUCCUCUUCCAUUGCUGUUAGAGCAAGAUAACAAAAAGAUUCCAGGAACCAAAGUGCCACUUAUAUUUCAGAAACUUGUCUCCCACAUAGAGGAAAAGGGAUUGGACACAGAAGGAAUUCUACGAAUCCCUGGAGUAUCAUCAAGAAUAAAGAGUCUUUGUGAAGAGCUGGAAGCAAAGUUCUAUGAAGGAACCUUUAACUGGGACAAUGUGCGUCAGCAUGAUGCAGGGAGCAUACUGAAGCUCUUCAUAAGGGAGUUGCCUUACCCACUUAUCACUGUCGAAUAUCUCAAAGCUUUCCACGAUAUACAAAAACUUUCAACCAGAAAACUUCAGUUUCAGGCUCUUAAUUUGCUGGUGCUUUUGCUCCCCAACCAAAACCAAGACCUGCUGAAGGCAAUGCUUGAAUUUCUUCAGAGAGUAAUAGACAACAGAGAGAGCAACAAAAUGACGCUGAACAACAUUUCCGUUGUCAUGGCGCCAAACUUGUUUAUGUUCAAAGGAUUUUGUUCAAAGGCAAGCGGGUUGAUGGAGUUAUCAAUGGCUGCUGGAACAAGCAACAUCAUGCGCUAUUUGAUUAAAUACCAAGACCUCCUGUGGACGAUUCCAAAGUUUAUUAUGAUUCAAGUUCGACAGAGGAACAUUGAAAACCAUAAGAAGCAAACCAAAGACAAGGCCAUGAAGAAGCUGCUGAAAAAGAUGGCCUAUGAUAAAGACAAGUACGACAGGAGCCAAUCGGAGAAGUGUCUAACAGAUUCAGUGGUUCUUCAGGGAGUAAUCCGUGUUCAGGCACCAUAUCUUUCCAAAGUUUCCAUGGCGAUUCAACUAACGGAAGAGCUCAAAGCUAGUGAUAUCUUGGCACGUUUCCAACAGCAUCUCAGUCAGAGCAGCAACGGAAUUGCUGAGCCUGCCAAUAAAGAGGAGGUUUGCUUGUAUGAAAUUGGGGGUAAUAUAGGAAAACGUUGUCUGGAUGACGACACCUACAUGAAAGAUUUAUACCAGCUUAAUCCAAAUGCCGAGUGGGUUAUAAAACCUCGGUGUCAAUGAAUUAUUGCAAGCACACAUGGAGAAAAUGAUUAAGAAAUACUGGACAUGGACAAAGUGAUACUAAUGACAUUUGGGUUCUUAUUUUCCUGUUUGUAUAUCAUAUCCUGGUGUAUGAUACGAUGCUCUUCAACCUUAAUGCAGUGGAGGACAUGUUGCUCAUAACCAGCAGUCCUUAUAUCAUCAGGAGCUAGCUUGCACUUGGUAAACAAACAAGUACAAAAUUAAGUUGCUUAUAUCAGGAAUUUGUCUAAUGCUUAUACCACAUGCAAGUUUGACUGGUCCAAAACGUCUGCACACUUUCUCCUCCCAAGGACAAAUAAUGUUUUGGCUAAAAGUCACUUGUAUCAACAAGGACCAAAGAAUGAGUGUCAGAACUGAGUAACAUUUAUAGUGUUACAGUUAAUCACGUAGUGUAUCUACACAUGAAUGAAGAAACUCUUUAGAAACUAGUUUUAUUUUAUAAAUUAUAGUUAUAUACUUUAGAAUUAAGGAAAUGUUAGUAAAGUGUAUAGGGAACUCAAUAGUAAACAUUGAUAGGCACAAAUUAAAGUGUAUUUUACCCAUUUGCAGUUAAUAUUUGUUAAUGUUAUUCUGUAAAGCACUGUCAGACCUUUCUCAUAGGUGAAAGGUUCUAGGUAAAUGUAAAUUGUAACUGAAGCAUCAGUCCAGCAGUUUAUUCCAAGGUGGUAAGUGGAGAGACAGUGAUGUACAUUGUACUUUAAACUACAGGGUUGAAAAACUACUCAUUGGAAAAACAGUUGCAUGCAUGGUGCCCUGACACUGGGAAAAGCAUCUUGGGAAUAUAACCCCUUGUACACUUCGUCAACCUGUGAAAACUUGGCUCAUAGACAAUCUUAGGUUAGAGCCAAGGACUUUUAGGCCGGGGUAUAUAGGGUCUCUUGGAAGAGACAGACUUUACAUCACAAGAUGUUUUUUCCAAAUCAAAUUGUCAUUUACCCAGAUAAUUCCCCAUUGACAUUUUUUUCAAAUGCAUUACAGUUUGAAGGCACCAUUGUCAAAAUGGGAAACAUAAACUGAAAAUAAAUCUAUUUUGCAAAAGAAAUGAAAUCAGUUUUUGAAAAGUAUGUUGGAGACAGCGAAAGUAAGAACAAAGCAACACAAUACAUUCAGUAGAAAUGUGCUGAAAUGUUUAUUUGAUUGUGUACUUAGUUUGUAUAUUGUAUAGUUUAUUCUCUGAUUCCUCAUGGGUACUGAUUAUGGCAGAUCUGUGUCUUCAGGUGUGCUUUAAAGAGGUAACAUUAUAUUGCAAAAGGAUGUGAUUCACAACUUGAGUGUGUACGUGGAGCUCUCAGUCUGGUUUGGAUACUCUUAGACAAAGUGAUGGGUUUCCACAAAUGUCAGACACCCGGCUGACCAAACAAAUUUAGGAAACUGUUCAAAAUCACAAUAUGUUGUAUGCAUGGUGUUGUUGUAAGUUGAAGAGCAAUUAUAGUUUUACAAUUGCAUUUAUUUACAAGCAAAAAAGACACAUUUAUAAACCCAAACAAAUGAACUGAAGAGCACUGAGUUGCCAACACAUUGCCUACACAAGAACAGAUUAACCUUCUUCACAGUGAGAACGACACCAGGAGGAAGUUAUGAUGUGCCAUCAAAACAAAAUGAGAUUUCAGCAACAAAGUGGCACUUGAAAAAAAGGUAUUGGUUUGAUGAAUCCUAUAUAAGGAUUUAAAUAUAGAUUCCUUUGCUUUUGAUUAUUUUUGUUAUAUUAUAAUAUGUUUCAGACAAAGUGUAAACAUAUUAAAAUGGUUGCUCAUGUAUAAAUGUUGAUACUAUUUUACAUUUUCAGUACAGUUGUUUUUUUAAACUGUACAGUCACCUUUUCAAGUUGUGUAAAUAAAAAAAUCAAAUGAUUUAAAUUAUUGCAGACAUUUCUGCUCUGCUGGAAUUUUGAUACUUUGUGUAUAAUAAUAAUCCUUGCAUUUGAUAUAGUGCCUGAGCACACAGUUGACACGUCUCAAAGAGCAUCACAGAAUCUAUUAUAAAGUGGAUUGACUGUAUUUUGGAAAUGUAUAAAUUGGAAGUCUCCAGUCACCAACAAGCCUGGAACAACAUGAUAUUAUUAUUAUGUGUCUGAACAAAAAACUAAAGUUCUGACGAAAGGUCAUCGACUUGAAACAUCACCUAAUUUUUCUCACUCCAUAGAUACUGCCUGACCUGCUGGGUGUUCCCAGUGACUACUGUUUUUACAUAUGAUAUGUGUCUGAUGCUGUUUGUGACUUUCUACUAUGGAUAUUGUGUUUUCCCUUCCCCUCCAUAUGUUAAUUCACUCUUGUGUGGAUAAAUCCAAUUGUUAAAAGCAUAAUUUCAAGUUCAUUGUUUCUCUUGUACUGGGAUCUGGGUUAAGGAUUACUGUCAAUGUGGAUGGAAUCAAUAGUAACAAAAUCUUAAAUGGAACAAAAUGAGAAAGGAAACUGAAUACUAAUGUUUGAAGUGUCAAAAAAUCAAAACCAAAAAAUAAUAUUAAUAAACAAAACACAAAAUACUGCAGAUGCUGGAAAUCUGAAACAAAAACAGAGAGAUGAAGGGUCGUGGACCCGAAACGUUGACUCACUUUCCUUUCUCCAUAGAUGCUGUCUGACCUGCUGAGUUUUCCCAGCUCUCUCUGUUUUUGUUUAAUAAUAAUAAUAAUCCUUGCGCCUUGUCACGUCUUUGAGACGUCUCAAACCGCUUCACAGAAUAUACUGUAUAUAUUGUUGGCGAAAGUACUCGCGUUUCUGGAUAUCCCAAACUGUUUAAAAAGCAGAAACAACAAUGUAGCAUUAAACACCAUAGAACAGAAAAAAUAAAGAAUGGAAUUAGUGA